AUGACGGAGAAGCAGGAGGCAGCGGCGAAGACGGAGACAGCAUCAACACCAGGGACGCAUCUGCGAACAAGCGCCAACGAGCCCACCGACGGCAGGCCACGCCGGUCUCCGCGUUCCGACGACGAUGUAGAUGUGGAGGGAUCGGACGGUGCGCCGCACGAGCCAAGGUCGAUCCACCUCGACAAGCUUAGCCGAGAACAAGCGACGAGCGGUCACAUCUCGAGCGUCGAGCCGUCGUCUCUCGAGGACAAGAAGCGGACGAGCACGGAUUAUGUCUGCGGUUAUCAUCGGCCGUCGGUCUCAUCGUCGGUGCCGCGGUGCAGCCCGCACGAUCGAGCUACCUUGAUCCUGGAGCAACCGGGCGACAGCUUCCUGGCGCAACACCUGGCCUUGGCAGCAGCAGCGACGGCGGCCGGUAAGAUGCCGGAGAAGGAGGUCGCUUAUCACCAGGAGGCGUUCUCCUUGUUGCCGCCACCACCACCGCCGCACCAUCCGCACUCGGCCUUCUACGCCGCCUUCCAUCCGCACCCCCAUGCACCACCACCGCCGACCUUCCACCCGCACCACAGACCACCGCCGCCGCCGCAUCCGACGCACUCGGUGGCCGCCGCGGCGGCAGCCUGGGAGCACCACGCCGCGGCCGCCGCGGCUUUCCACGCGCCGCCACCUCACCCAUUGCCCGGUAGCACGACCGUGAUCGGAGCGACCGGUAACGGUAGCGGUGGCGGAGGGGGCGGCGGCGGCGGUGGCGCCGGCGGUGGUGGCGGCGCCGGCGGAGGGGGUGGUGCCGCCGGCAACGGGACUUCCGGCGGUGAUUUCCUGCGCAGAAGUCAUCCCCUCUCGGAGCAUACGGCCCUGCAUCCUGCCUAUCGGCUCAACUACAUGGACCACCUUUACCACCAGCUCCAGGCCUCCACGCACAGUCCCAACGCCUCGUUACACGGACUGGGUGGUUUGGGGCCCGAGUACCUCCUGCAUGCGGCAGGUCCCGCCAGCACCCUUACGUCGUCCGAGUUCCCAUUCCCCAUCGAUGUAUCCGCAUCGUCGAGACUAGGAAGCCCGAGAGCUUCGACGAUCCGAGCGAGCCGGAAAAGGGCGUUGAGCAGUUCACCGUACUCGGAUAGGUUCGACAUCGACAAUAUGAUUCGAUUCAGCCCCAACAGCUUGGCGUCGAUCGUGAACGGCUCCCGGAGCAGCAGUGCCAGCGGCAGCUACGGACACCUCUCUGCCGCAAUGAGUCCGGCUUUAGGCAUGCACCCUGGCAUGGCGCCGCACCUGCAGCAGUUGCAGGCUCACCUAUUAAGGAACGUGGCAGCGGCGGCGCUCUUACCUCACACGCACUCCCUGCAGUCGCCGGUGCCUCCGCCGCCGCCGCCGCAUCCCCAUUCUCAGCCGCACAUUCACGGAUUGUCGCCGCACUCGCAACUGUACCCCGGUGUGCCGAAUCAUUCCACGUCGGCGGCGACCCUCGGCCCUCACGGGGUGCCGCCGAAGAGCGAGAACGCAGAAUCGUGUAGGAAAGCGUCAGAAUCGUCGACCCGUUCGGUGACGGCCGAAGCCGACACUUCCUCGAGACGGGCCUCUACCAAAGUCAAAAGAGAACCGGCGACGACGACCACCAACGCGACCACGACCACCGCACCACCGAUUCACCCUCAAGGUCUCAGUCCGAGCGAGGACCUCAAAGACGAGCCUGGCGACUUCAUCGAGACGAAUUGUCAUUGGAGGGACUGCGGCCUCGAAUUUCCCACACAGGACGAUCUCGUGAAACAUAUCAACAACGAUCACAUACACGCCAACAAGAAGAGCUUUGUUUGCGGCUGGGAGGAAUGUUCGAGGGAGGAAAAACCUUUCAAGGCUCAGUACAUGCUUGUCGUGCACAUGAGAAGGCACACCGGGGAAAAACCUCACAAGUGUACCUUCGAGGGGUGCUUCAAGGCUUAUUCGCGCUUGGAAAAUCUGAAGACUCAUCUCAGGUCGCACACCGGCGAGAAACCGUAUACUUGUGAGUAUCCGGGCUGCAGCAAGGCCUUUAGCAACGCUAGUGAUAGAGCGAAGCAUCAGAACAGAACGCACUCCAACGAGAAACCGUACGUUUGCAAAGCCCCCGGUUGCACCAAGAGGUACACGGAUCCAUCGUCCCUGAGGAAGCACGUGAAGACUGUACACGGGGCGGAAUUCUACGCGAACAAGAAGCACAAGGGCGGCGGUGGCGACGGAGGAGGGAGCGACGAGGCCGGCACGGGUGGUCACAGUCCCAGCAGAAGCGAGGAUCUUCAUCCGAAGACGCCUAGUCUGUCGAGCCCCAGCGUCAAGUCGGAGAGCGAGGCGAACAGUCCACCCGGCAUGAUGCAACAGCAGGGUAGCCCGUUGGUGGGCGGUUGCAACGACGAAGUCGCUGGAGUCGGCGCUCUCGCCGGCGACGGGGUCGCUCUCGCUGAGGAGCCGUGGAACGAGGAGCCCGACGAUCUCGAUAUCGCCGAUCUUCCGGUAGCUUUACGCGCAAUGGUCGGCGGGAUGGAGUCGCAGCAGCAGCAACAAGCGCCACCGCCGACAUCGAGGAACCGUCUGAAAGGUCGGCUGAACGCCAAAGGCGUGCCAAGUCUGCCGGUCGGCGUGGGAAACGUCCGGGGUCUUCGCGGUGUCACGCCCCAUGGCAACAUCGGCGACCUCAAUCGAAGGAUCACCGAUCUGAAGAUGGAGGGUGGCGGUCAGACGCGGCAGACGAGCCUGUCGGACCUGCAGCUGAGGUUGCAGCCGCUCAGCGAGCCGCGAAGGGACAGCAACAGCACCGAGAGCACUUCUUACGGCAGCAUGAGAUCGAUGGACUUCGGCAGCAGGAGGAGCAGCCAGGCGAGCACCAUCAGCGCCGUCAGGAUGGGUCCCGCGGGACCCGGGAGUUUCUACGACCCGAUCAGCACCGGCACGUCCAGAAGGAGCAGCCAGAUGAGCACCACUUCCGGCAGGAUGAAUCCGCCGAGUCACCUCCAAGGGCCCUACUCGACGAGCAAUCUCGUCGUCCAGACGCAGAACAUGUCCCUUCAGAACAUUCAAGCGAUGCCGGGCGACUGGAGCGGUGGUCCGAGCGGGCAUUGCACCCAACCGUCGGGUGACCGACGAAUGUCGGAGCCCACUCGCACCAAUCAGACCCAACGAACCUCUCCUCCGAUCCCGCCUAGACCGAGGUCGGCGCAAUUGCCUGAGCUCCAUCCCAAUCAGGAGGUGAUCCUGGACGAGGUGGGUGAGGGCGAAAUGGUGGAGAACAAACUGGUCAUCCCCGAUGAGAUGAUGCAAUAUUUAAAUCAGGUCCAGGCGGGUGGUAGCCAGGUCAGUUAUCGCGGCAGUCCUCUGCCGAUCUGCCAGUCGCCGAUCUGCACGAACUCCCUGCACUACCAGAUGCAGCCGGCACUGUGCAAUUACAAUCAGCCUCACCAUCAGUCGCAUCAGCAGAACUGCUAUCCGUCGCAGCAGCCGGCCGCGCAGCAAUCCUGCUACCAGAACCCCGUCCCUUCGCCGUACGGGCAGUGUCCGCGCGCCAACUCCCAGCCGCCGUACUGUCCGCCGCCGAAUUACGGCUCCCAAGUUGGUAUCGGCAGCCACGUGCCGGCCACGAGCCCGGCCUCCGGCCAGGUGAUGUCACCGAGCUCGAAUUACGCGCCGGCCCACCUGAGCGACCAACCGCUCACGUCCCCCGCGGCGGGCGCCCUGGCGCCGCAGCACGCGCCGCAGAACCUGCCGCAGAACUCCGCUCAGCUCUCGAGGAACUGUCCUCAGAAUCACGCGCAUUACGCUUACUACCCGGGCUGUGCCGGUCAAAUCAACCCUAACUGCAACCCGGCCGGGAAUCACCAUUCCAGCCAGACCUGCGCGCCGUCGGGUCACGCCGUGCAGAUGAGACUGACGACCGCCAACUGCCAGCAAGCCCAUUGCGCACAGCCGUCGCCCAUACCGUCGGGCAUCACCCACCCGAAUUCGCAGUGCAGCAACCAGUCCUCGAGUCAGUGCGUGAGACCCAUGGUGACGUCCAACGGUCAGCUGUCCGGCAUGCAAGCUACGGUGACGAACCAGUGCGGCCCGAUGUCGCCGCACUGCUCCCAGAUGAGCCAGCCGGGCAAGCAGAUCAUGACGAAUCUCCAGAGCUGCCAGGCUACCCAAGCGUCGCCCUGCCUGCAGAUCGCCAACUGCAGCACUCACUCGAACGGCGCGCACCGUGCGGUCUUGAACGAAAUCGGUGUCUCCAAGAGGACGUUGCCGCCGCAGCUCUGCAACGCCCAACAGACCAACUGCAAGAUGCAACAGCAGCAUCCGGCGCAGACCUGCGCGCACAACUGUCAAGCGCGCACGAAUCACCAGCAGUACAGCUGCAACUGCCAAUGGACGUAUGGCAACCAGUGCUAUCACGACCAACACGGCGGACCGUUGCCGGAGAUACAGUGCAGGGACAUCAGCCAGUCGCAGCAGGGCUCGUCGAUCAAGCUGCCGCAGGGCAUGAGGCAGGAUUCUUAUCGCAGGACGCUGGAGUACGUGCAGCAAUGCCGGAACUGGUCCGACAGCUCGCAGACCCACGAGACGAAUGUUUCCAGCUCGACGCAUCCGAUGUCGCUGCCGCAGCCGCUCCCGGCCAGCGCCAACAUGAUCGUCAACGACAUGACGUCCUCGCUCAGUUCCCUGCUGGAGGAGAACAGGUACUUGCAGAUGAUCCAAUGACCGUUGCGUACCUGUUACGCACGAUGAAGCCCCGCCUUUAAAGCCUGCGGGACAAAAUCCACGCAAUGUGAUAAAAACAGAAAUCGACUGACAAGACCGACCGUUGGACUGCGUUCGGGAAACACCGGUCCGUCAUUGCGAUCGAAUUCUCCCACUUGAUGUGUAUGUUGUUGGGUGUCUUCUAAUUACGGUUGAGUGAGCGCUUACUGCUAUUGGGACGUUCUUUUACAUUUAUCACGCCUCUGAAAGUAUACCUCAAUCGACAGUCAGGAAUUCGAACCACAGUGUUGUGUUUUCCGAAAGCAUCCUCGUAUCAGACUACGGAAUGAGGGUUCCGAUCGAACUGAUAUCCGAUAAAUCGGAAGCAAGAUUUAAAUUACCUAAUUGGUCCGAUUACAAUCUUCGAUCCGUAGUCUGAUUAGGAACUUGGGGUGCGAACACAAAGGAAGCAGCUUUCCUGAUAGUCAAGAAUAUACACGUGUUAUCAAAUGAGAUCACGGGAGUAAAGAAAAGCAGGUUCGGACGUGCGUGUCAUCGGCGCGAGCAAAAUUUACGGGGAUGAAGUUUCAGCCCUUCCUUGCCGAUUGUAAGCGCAGGCGAGUCGCUUCCUUUGUGUUCGCACCUUUAGAUGUAUCCGCGAUCCGCUCGGCUGGCAAGAGAGUCUCUUCUGAUACUCUUCUGACACUGUGACCCCGCUUACGUACGUAAAAUUGCGCGAGAUCUGUACAGCCACGAUGCGAGAGGACACACCGCGCGAGUGCCUUGAUAGCGAAUAGCGCGCACUUUGCGCAGGAAUAUGCCACUGACUUAAGUUAUUACUCUGGAAAAUAUCGACUUACAACAUUAAGUACCUCGGAGAUUCGACUCGUAGUAGAACUUAGGACGUAGUCGUUAAGGUGACGAAAACGAUGCUCCGCGUUGUCUCGACGGAACGAGGAAAUAUGCAGGGAACAUUGCGUCUCUUUCUUUCUUACGAUAGAUUACGCGUCUCGUCUACGAUAGCAGCGGAUCCGCAGAACGUUCGACGAGCGCGCCGAAUAUUUUUCGGGAGAGAGAGAGAGAGAGAGAGAGAGAGAGAGAGAGACAGAGUUCUGUACUUUAAAUUAUUGUAGAUACGCCUCUCACAUAGUAUAUAUUUUUUGUACAUCGGUCUUAUUAUAUGCGAAGUGUGCCAAUAUAGCAAUAUACUAUCUCCUUAUUAUAGCUGUCGUCGACGAGAUGAGUGGUGUACCGGCGUACACUGUGAUAAAAAAGGAAAGAGGUAAGGAGGGGCGCGCGCAAACGACUGUUAUAUUCCGUGUAACGUAAGGAAAUUAGCAGGAUGUGAAGAUCGGGAAGUGACUCUCGAUGAAAACUCUCCUCGUGAGAGGAAGAUCGACGGCAAAGCGGAGAAGCGUGUAGAUAAAAGCCGUGUAACUGCGCGUCGCGGAGUGGACAAACGUAAUUAUUUAAGUGUAUACGUGUGUACGUGUGUGUGCGCGCGUAUGUGUGUGUGUUUUCAGAUGGAACGUCUUUCGUAACGAUCACUUUUGUAAAGAGACUCAAGGUAGUGAGAAUGCUACGAUAUAUGUAUAUA